AUGGCGCUUGAUGUGAGAAUCUUCGAAACCAUCUCUCCUUCUCGUUUCAUCUCCUUCACCAUUCCGAAUCCAAUCUCUCCGUUACAGCUCCUCCGAGUCGCCGUCCUCGACUCGCCUCUUCAUUCCACCUUGUCUUCGCCUCGAGUCGCCGUCACGCUCGUACCCAAGCACAGAGAAGCCGAUUGGAUCUUCUCCACUGAGUCCGGCCAUCUCCAGCUCCUCCUUAACCUCCCCGACAUCUCUCGCUUGAUACUGAUCGGCGACGAUCCCGACGGUGGCACCGAUUUCCCCGCGGUUUACCACCGACCGAUCCCCGAGGACAGCAACGACUCGGAGAGACUCGAGCUGAGAGUAAAACCUCUUGUUGUAGCUUUGUCACCCAAAACCCUAACACGAGACGAAAUCGACGAUGUACCUUUCCUGAUUUACGAGGAUGAUGUUGUCUCCAGUGUAGAGCUGGAGAAAUCCGUCGGGCCUUUCGUAGGUGAAAUGGUGAUUGAAGAUGUAGAGAUUGAGAUCGAUGACGGGGUAAGAGAAUUCAGGAGGAGAUUGAGGUUCAAGAGAAUGCCUAAUCUAGUCCAAUCCGAAAUCAAAAUCGUCACCAGAAGUACAGACUCUUCGAAUUCGAAAUCUUUACCUUCACUAACAAGAACAGAGUUCACGCCUGAUCUCACGGAACUCGUGCAUCCCUACUUGGCGCCAAUGGUGGCAAGUCUUUCCUUGAUUGGUUCCUCUCACAUGGACAAAUCUAGACCAAAGGCAUUGUGCAUUGGAGUCGGAGGUGGAGGAUUGCUUAGUUUCCUAAGGCUACAUUUGGGGUUCGAGGUCACAGGCGUAGAGAUAGACCCUGAAGUCUUGAGGGUCGCGAGGCAUCACUUCGGCUUAGAGGAAAGCUUUGCUCAUGUUCACGUUGAAGACGGUAUUGAGUUCUUGAAGAGAUUUUCUUCUACCUGUGAUGGUGAGAAUACCAAAUUUGAUGCCUUGAUGGUUGAUCUAGACUCCACCGAUCCGAUUCACGGCGUGAGUGCUCCUCCUGUCGAUUUUGUGGCCAGAGAUGUUCUGCUAGCUGCAAGAGCAGUUCUUGUUCAUUCUGGGGUUUUCGUUAUCAAUGUCAUUCCUCCGAACAAGACUUUCUACCAAGAACUCAAAGACGAGUUUAGACAGGUCUUUGCAGAUUUGUACGAGAUUGAUGUAGGAAAUGGCGAAAACUUUGUUCUCAUCGCAACCGCUGCACCUAGAGAUCGCAAGAACAACAGUUUUACAAGGGAGAAUCUAACACCUGAUGUCUUAGUAAAGUACAUUGAUGCUAUACAGAAAAUCUGAUAUUCGUUCAAACAUAAAAUUUCAUUGCAAUAGCUCAGAUACUUAUAGUUGAGUUUUGGAUCCAAUGUAAAAAGUACAAAUGUGAA